AUGGAAAAUGAAGAAGAAACUAUUGAUUUAUUAAAUACUAAGAAGAAUGUUAUGCAGCAACGACAUGCCAAUAUCACCUCAGCCAAGUUGUCGUUAGAUGCGGCGGUCAACAGCUUUGAGGAAGCCUUCGACAAGCUAGACGACCGCACCCAGCAGGAAGAGCAAGCGUCACAAGAGACGUAUCUCGACAAUGCAUGGGAUUUGAUCACUACAGCAGAAGCUUUGCUCGGCAAACUAGCCGAGAAGGAGAUAGAAGUCUCCACCACCUUCCCGCGUGACGAAACACUGUCUAUGGAGCAGUUAUGUGCGCCCAUUGUUUGCAUGCUCGCUGCAUUUUAUGGAGCUCCAAUCCCAAUCACAUGGGCCGAUAUAGGUGACGUAUGUGUUUAUAUCUGGAAGAACACCGCAGGGUGGCUCGCGAAUGAGUACUGUCUCGGAAACGAUUUCCUGAAAACAGCGGAGGCCUCGUCUAGAGGUGAACAAUCAACAUCGGCUGCAGAAGCUCCGACCGUACCGCCGUCAGGGUCAGUUAAUGAUACACAACAGGACGGUUCUGUUCAAGCUUCAUCAAGCAGACUUGACUUUUGGUCAGUUCGCCUAAAAGGAUCAUCACAUUCGGCCCAGCAAUUUCCUGGCUUAGCUGAUAUUAGCCCUCGUGAACGUGCAGUUGUCGAACUCGUCAAACGUCUGCAUUCUCGAACUCAGCUAAUGUCGUCCGGUGUGGCGCUAUCAUACCUUUUAACCCGACUUGUCGCCAAAUUGGUACAACACGCGAUCAAUCACGGCGCGAACUUUUCGGUAUCAUUUGCUAAGUACUCUUUGGACAUUGAUCCUAACACAACACUCGAUCUCGUCUAUCCGUGCAUCUAUUACUCCGUUCCAAGCUACCGUAGCUGUCUAUUGCAAACAGUUGAUGAAGCUAAAAAUUUAACUGGUUCUGCUUCACGAGAGGUGAGAAGCAGUGACCAAGUCUUUAACGGAUUGUCAGACAUGACAAUCGAAAUGCUCGGAGACAUGGGUGACCGAGUCAUUGAUGGGAUUCGUGGUGGCGACACUGUUGCUAUUGUAAAAUCUCUGGAUUCCGGUCCAGCAUGUUACGUAAAAUAG